AUGAAGAAAAAAAAGUCCAUAAAGGAAUAUCUCGGAGAAAAAUUAGAUGAUAUUUUGGAUACCUCGGAACCUAUAAUAAAUACUGCGGGAAAAUUGGCUUCCGCUACAUUGUCAACCAUCGAAACUUUUACUAUCGCUGUUAAAGAUAGAAUAGAUGAAGCUGAACAAUUAAGAGCCGAUCAAGAAGAGUUAAAUAAGUAUAUAGAAGAGAUGGGAAUCGAAGUCAAAGAGAUUGGAGAUGAUGUCAAGCAAGUUAAAACCGAUGUCAAAGAAAUUGGAAAUGAUGUCAAGGAGCUAGCAACCGAAAUCAAACAAAUUACAAAAAAUUAUCCCGAUAUGGUCCAUAACCUAAACUUUGAAGAUUAUGUCCAAGGUGAUGAGAAGCGUGAUGGUGGUCAAGUGACCAAGUGGACGAAAAAAAUAUCAAGAAUUUGCAUUCAAGCUGUUAGUCCCGACCCAGAUUUCAGGCCCAAACUUUCUAAAAUGGUUAAUAUCCUUGGAGAAUGCAACAAAGAGUACGUCAGAUUAUCACACAAGUUUUCACCAUCGUCUUCUAACGAUUCACAAAAAAAAAUUCGCGUUGAGGACGAAGCUCAACAAUUAAAAUCUGACCAAGAAGAUUUAUAUAAAUAUCUGACCGAAAUGGGAGUUAACGUCAAAGAAAUUGGAACUGAUGUCAAAGAAUUUAAAGGAGAGUUUUCUUCAAUGGUUUUAAAAAUUAAUACAAUGAAUAAUAAGAUGGAAAAAAUCCUGGACGAACAAAAUAAAAGUGCAAUACGAAAGGAAACCAAUGUUGAAUAUUAUCAAAAUAAAAUUGAUAAAAUUUUCACGGAAAGUAAUAAAUUAGAUUUCACAGAUUAUAAAGAAACCAAUGAACAGCGUAAUGAUGGUCCUGUUAAUCAAGAUCCAGAAUUUAGGCCAAAAAUUACGGAUAUGUUCAAAGAACUUCGAAAUAAUUACAAAGAAUUCAUCAAAGCUUCACCAUCCCCUAUAAAUUCACAAAAGCAAAGUUACGUGCCACCGAAAACAAAGAAACCAACCCCGCAACGACAAUUCAUAUUGCCGAAUGGAGCCGAUCGAAAUAAUGGUAACAUGUUUGAAAUGAGUGCAACAGGUCAAGAAGAUGAAAAAGAUGAAUCAAGCAAAUUAAGCUAUUUUGCAGAAAAGCUCGAUGAUAUUUCAGAAAUUAUUGAACCCAUAGCCAAAUCAGCGUAUAUGUUAGAAAUGGGAGUUAACGUCAAAGAAAUUGGAACUGAUGUCAAAGAAUUUAAAGAAGAGUUUUCAAUAAUGGUUUUAAAAAUCAAUACAAUGAAUAAUAAGAUGGAAAAACUCCUGGACGAACAAAAUAAAAGUGCAGUACGAAAGGAUACCAAUUUUGAAUAUUAUCAAAAUAAAAUUGAUAAAAUUUUCACGGAAAGUAAUAAAUUAGAAUUCAUAGAAUAUAAAGAAACCAAUGAGAAUCCUGUUAAUCAAGAUCCAGAUUUUAGGCCAAAAAUUACAGAUAUGUUCAAAGAACUUCGCAAUAGUUACAAAGAAUUCAUCAAAGCUUCACCAUCCCCUAUAAAUUCACAAAAGCAAAGUUACGUGCCACCGAAAAUAAAGAAACCAACCCCGCAACGAAAAUUCAGUAUGGACCAAGAUGAAUUUGCCAUAAAAGAUGAAGAUUUACCAGAUUCUGAUAAGCAAGGAAGCCCUCUUACAAAGCUCUUACAAUGGCAAAGGGAUAAUCUUAAUACGCAGAUCAAAAAUGAUUGCCCCCCUCUCUCCUACGAUAAGCUAAUCUUAUCCGGAAAUACACGAGUUGACUGCGCAUAUAUUUAG